CGAAUGUACACGCGACGACCAAAGGACCACGUGCUGACCUACGUCAUCAAGGACCAUCUUCAAAAGCAGUGAACAUUGAGCGCAAUAGCACACACGCUCAGCAGCAGUGGCACCGAAAGGCCUGUUCGCGGUAUCCCUAACGUGACCGUCUUCCAACUUGCAGACAUUGACAACUGGCUCAACAUGGACCAAGAGUCCUACCGUUUUGUCAAAGGCGUAUGGAUGCACAACGUCUUCCCGGAAGGCGCAAUUAACUCCGCUAUCGAUUACAAACACCAGGAUGGAGACGUCAUCGUCGUAACCUAUCCCAAAUGUGGAACCAACUGGACAAUGAUCAUUGUGCACAGCAUUAUUUCACGUGGCGAAGAGCUACCUGGUGUUGUCGAGUUUAGGCUUGCGUGCCCAUUCAUUGAAAUGACAGGUGCAGGACCUGCUCUGAAUCCAUCCAGGACAGGUCCCAUCAUGACUCAUCUUCCGUUGGAGGUUUUUCCACCGGUGGACAAUGCAAAGUACAUCUAUGUGGCUAGAAAUCCUUAUGACUGUGCUGUGUCCUACUACCACUUCCUAAAGGGAUUAACUCCAAAGACAGUUACUGAUGUUUCCUUCGAGAAAUUCUUACCCCUCUUCUUAUCCGGCAAGGUCAUUUAUGGUGAUUACUUCGACCACUUGCUUCCGUGGUAUGAGCGAAGAAACAAUGCUAAUGUCCUUUUCCUUACCUACGAGCAACUAAAAGCCGAUACAAAGACACAAGUUUUGAAGAUUGCCGACUUUAUUGACGAGGAGCACGGUGCUGCACUGCGCAAAGACGAUAAUCUUCUUCAGAAGGUGCUGCAUGCCAGCAGUCUUGAGAACAUGAAACGAUUCUUCAGUGAACGCCCAAUGGAGGGAGUGAAAAAAAUCCUCGAUAUAACCUGCGACAAAAGUGUUUCGCCUGGAACAUUGGAGAACACGUCGGCCAAGUUUGACGAGAUGCACGAGGGAUCAGGGUUCGUGCGUAAAGGAAUAGUGGGUGACUGGAGAAACUACUUCAUGGAGGAGCAGAUAAAACUAACGAAGGAUUGGAUAGAGAUAAAGACCCAAGGGAGCGACGUAAUGAAGCUCUGGAAGGACUGUGAUUUGCCUUGAAGCCGUAAGAAAAGUUUUUGUUGUGUCCAACAGUUGCCAGGUCACUGAAGCCUGAUAUGUAGCGUCAUAUCGUAUCAUAUGACCAUAACUAAUCAAUCGCACAUGAAGAAAACUAUGUACAAUUCGUAACUAAUAUCUGGUUAAUAAAACGCUCAAGAAGUAGUAGUA